UGUUUGGUAUUACCAGUUACUUACUGUAUUUCCUCGGUAGUUUUUAACAUUGUGAGUUUUCCUGAUACAGCAUUGGACAGUGGUCAGAAAUCCCUUCAGUAACAUUAAUCAUGGGAUGUGACUCUUGGAAGGGACAAUAGUUACAGCUCUGUUGUAAUAGCCUUAGUUAAUUUAAUUUGAAAACAUUGCUCACCGGAAAUGAAAGGACCCCAACUUCCUCAAAGCUUGUGGUCAAAGCUUGAAACAGAUGUAACAUUACUGAGGCAAUGUGUUCAACCUUGUAGUCAACUCUUCCAAACCUCAAAACAAACCCACCUAAAUGUCAGCAGCCAUGGAUACACAAGCAACUGCAGCCUCAGUCAUUUGUGAGGUGUGCGGAACGAUCUUUGAGACACGACGAGGGCUAUCCAGCCACGCCCGCCUCCACCUACGGCAGCUUGGUGUCACGUUGUCAGAAAGCAGCGGUGCUCCCAUUGAACUGCUCUACCAGCUCAUGCAGGAGAAAGGUGACUCCAUCCCUGAUUUCAAAGCGUUGUCUGUGUCUCGCCCGAACACCCCAAAAAAAGCAUCCCAGCUGGAGUCCGGGAAAACUUCAGCACCAGAGGACAAGACUGUGUCCGGCAAAGCGGGGAGCGCAGUCAUUAAAACAUCAGAAAAGACGGAUCAUCAGGGAUCUCCGGCCCGACUGAAAGAGUCAACGACCUCUCUCAACCCGUCUGGUCUUGGGUCGGUUGAGUCCAGGACAAGUGAAGGCAGCAGCUCAUUGUUACAGCGCCAAACCAAAACCAAGCCGCUGUGGGCGCCACUGGAAACUGACGCGCCCAUCUCCUUAGCGCCAGACCCCAAAAAUGAGGUCCAUGUGUGUCAACUCUGUGGCUGCUGGUAUGGGACACGUAAAGGCCUGUCCAGUCAUGCUCGGGCACAUCUGCGCCAGAUUGGAAUCCCCGACAACGACAUCAAGGGAAGCCCAAUUCAAUUGCUUUACCAAAUCAUGGAAGAGGAGGAUCUCAAGCCCAUCGGCAACGAGCAGCAGAAGGGAGCGAGCACCUCCAACAAUCCCUCUAAAUCCGCCUCUAAACGACCCUUCAAUCGAUCCUCUGAUGCCGCGUCCGCACCCAGCAAACGGCCUAAAGCGGCAGAGGACUUCACCUGUGUUCUGUGCAGGGAAAAGUUUGAGAAUCGCAAAGGCCUGGCCAUUCACGCACGCGCUCACCUGCGUCAGAUUGGAGUGGGUGACCUGCUGGGGAAAAGCUCUGCAAUUGAAGCUGUCCAAGAACUGGUCAGCAGUGGCAUGCUGGAAGCCAUAGAGCCUACCAAAAUGAACAGUGCAACCAGUCCGUCCGCAGCCACGUCUCUCGCCUCAAGCCCAGCAAAGAGCGCCCGGUCUCCUUUCAGCAAGGCCCCAAAGGCUAAGAAAGGCUUCCGGCUAGCUGUUGACCCCCUCCUUAGGAAGCCUAAGCCUGAGCCUGUGGAGGUUGAAGUGUUUGUUCAACCCCAGGGAUCCGGCACUACCAGCAACUCUCCCACGCAGAACUCCCCCGCUGCUUUAACGCCUUCGAAUGCAGACGGACAAUCCCCGCCCACAGUCCUUUGCAAUUUCUGUGGCCAGCUGUUUGAGACCCGCAAAGCCCUGUCAUGCCACGCCCGCGCCCAUCUGCGCCAGCUCGGCCUCACCUGGUCGAUCAGAACGUCGCCGAUUGAUCUCCUCAAAGAGGUCAUGAUACGUGGUGAUGAAGGCAAGAAAGUGUCUGUGCCCACCAGGUCAUCGGGCAAAGCCUCGUGGACCCAGCAAGGUUCCAGAAGGUCCCACGACAUCCCGCGGCCGGGAGAACCGACCGCCAGCCCCGCCACAGCACCUCUGGAUUAUUCCAUGAAGGAGAAAUCCCCGUCUGGAAAGAAUGUGGCCUCACACACCGACGCAUCCUGUGAGCUUUGUGGCUUCGACUUUGAAAACCGCAAGGCCCUGGCCAGUCACGCCCGAGCGCACCUCCGCCAGCUGGGGAUCAUCGAAUGGAAGGCAGACGGAGCGAGCUCGCCGAUCGAGCUGCUCAGUGAGUUGAUCCGCAGGGACCCGGCCAAGGUGGCAGCAAUAACCCAGCGCUAUCGCAUAGGAGACCUGUACAUCAAGAAGUCCCAAAGAGGUGCCGCCUCGCCGUCUUUGUCCACAGACUCUGACUCUGUCGCUGGCUGCAGCCUGAAGCCUCCGGGGGCCAGGGAGAACCCGGGUGUGACUGCGGGCCCAUCCAGACACUCAAACAGCCACACACCGACUUUUGCAGCACACGGCGACCCCGGCAUGCGCUCCCCAAGGGGGGUCCAUCCACCCAAACGUGUCCCAGCGAGAGGAGAAAAUCAGGACGGCAGUUCCCAGCAGCCAACCCGGUCCGGCAGCAUCCCUGCUAUGCUGCCAAAGCCCCCACUUACACCUCUUGUCAAACUGGUGGGCAAAGUCUACUCCCUCAAGUGCAGGUUCUGUGAGGAAGUGUUUCAUGGGCCGCUGUCGGUUCAAGGGAGAUGGAUCACACACCUGCAGAAACACAUCCUGUCGCUGGGCUACAAAGGCAAAGCUUCUCCUCCGGCUGCCCCGGUGGCAGCUCCAGCACUCGCCCCUCCUGUCGCCGUGUAGUCCACAAAGUCUGUCUGCAGUUCACAUUAAACACCGUCGUCGUUUUUUACAUAUCAAGGCAUAGUCAAGAAAAAGGCUUAAUGUCUACUUUGAGGUGAAAUACUGUCAGUGCAAUGUGAUGUUACUGUGUUUGUCCUGUAGAGGGCGAGCAUGAGCCGUAUGAGGGAAGCAGCAAAUCCCGUCAGGUAAAAUCCACUGAAUACAAUAGAUUACAAUACAGAUCACUGGAUGUUUUGGGGUUGAUAUUGAAAGACGGUUCAUCCCUCAUUUUUAUUUCCACUGCUUUCCUCCUCCUGCUCACACUUGCCCCCAUUUGUAUAGAUGUUGUAAAUGUGUUUGAAUCAGAUAUAUUGAAUUUGUCAUUAUUUAAUGUCGGACACUGAAAAAAUGAUCUGGGUGUAGACGGGUGUGUUUGUCCAGCUUUUUUAAUCAGUCUUGUUCUAUGAAUUUAUUUUUUAAGGUGUUUUACCAUGAAUCUGGAUCGAUUCUCUCUUUUUCGUAAAUGAAAAUGCUUUUGAAUAAGAAAACAUAGAUAGGAAAUAACAAAACAAUUCUGGAAAUAAUAAGUAAUAAAAAAUAUAUAUUGA